ACCGCCCAUGAUGUUAGUUCUACGUCGAACCUUUUUCAUUCUUCCCAGCAUAGCCACGCGCGGAGCGAGCCACCCCUCUAAUGUGCCGUCCUCAGUCUUACUUCCUGACUGAGCCUGCCCCAUAUCCGGCCCUGUCACCCACUCUAUAGCAGUCUACACGCCCCGCCUCGGAUUCCCGUCACUGCCAUUCCCCACCCCCUGUACACGUCACUGGCCAUUAGCUGUGCCUUCUCGGUGCUGCCCGGUAUAUCCCGGUGUGCGUCCCCUAACCCCCAUCCCUGUAUCCCAGCAUGGCGGCCAGCGCCAAGCGGAAGCAGGAGGAGAAGCACCUGAAGCUUCUCCGGGAGAUGACCAGUCUCCCUCACAACCGCAAGUGCUUCGACUGUGAUCAGCGCGGCCCGACCUACGCCAAUAUGACGGCGGGGGCCUUCGUUUGCACGUCCUGCUCCGGGAUCCUGCGUGGUCUGAACCCACCCCACAGAGUGAAGUCAAUCUCCAUGACCACAUUUACACAGCAAGAAAUAGAAUUCCUUCAGAAGCACGGCAAUGACGUGUGCAAACAGAUCUGGCUAGGAUUAUUUGAUGAACGAUCAUCUUCCAUCCCAGACUUCAGAGACCCGCAAAAAGUGAAAGAAUUCCUUCAAGAAAAGUAUGAGAAGAAGCGGUGGUAUGUUCCCCCAGAGCAAGCAAGAGUAGUGGCCUCUGUCCAUGCGUCAAUCUCCGGGUCCUCGGCCAGCAGCGCCAGCAGUACCCCGGAAGUCAAGCCGCUGAAAACGCUCUUGGGAGACGCUGCUCCAACGCUUCACUUGAACAAAGGAACUCCUAGUCAGGUGAGGCAGAAGUCUCCUGUUGUGGCUCGCAACCUACAGCAGCAGCAGCAGCAACAACCAGAGAAGAAAGCAUUCGACCUUCUGGGUGACCUUGGGGCCGACAUCUUUGCUACACCCGCCCCGCAGCCUGCAGCCACUGCUAACUUUGCCAAUUUCGCAAAUUUCAACAGUCAUACAGCUCACAAUUCUGCCAAUGCAGACUUUGCAAACUUUGAUGCGUUCGGACAGUCUAGUGGUGCGAGUAGUUUCGGCGCUUUACCCGCAUCAAGUCAGACACCUACCCCACCCUUAAACACAGCAUUCAGAGCACUAUCUUCCAGCUGCAGUUUUGGCGACUUUACGUCUGCUUUCUCUCUGCAGGCCGCUCACCGAGCAAAUGCCAAUGCAAACUUUGCUCAGUUUGACAACUUUCCCAAGUCCUCGAGUGCUGAUUUCGGAGCCUUCAAUUCAAAUGCACACAGUGGUGCGGCUAGCAAAACAGCUGCGGGUAAGCCGAGCAAUCCUUCAGCGGAUAAAUACGCAGCACUCGCUGAUCUAGACAGUAUCUUGGGCAGUUCACAAGGUGUCGGUAGUCAACCCAGCCCCUUCGGCAGCACAACGGCUCCUUCAUCGACCCCAGCGGUAGCGGCUCCGACAGACAAUGUGUUUGGGAUGUCCUCAGCCGUACCUGCGGCCCGUGCUCACCCGGCUGCACCCACCCAGGGAGCGUUUGGAGUUCCUGCUUCAACAAACCCCUUUGUGUCUGCAUCAGUUGGCUCUGCCGUUAACCCAUUCCAGACCAAUGGCAGAGUACCUCCAGGAGUCAGAGAUGGUCACGCUGCAGAAAUGGACUAUCAGGGUACUCCGUUUCACCCCUUCCAUCCGACGCGUCUGCCCACAGCUGCUGGAGCAGUGGAUGUCUCAUCGUUCGGCACAGGAUCUCUAAGCAUGCCUGCUGGCUUCGGGACACAGACGGCCUACAGUCUUCCUACCAGCUUCAGCGGCAGUUUCCACCAGCCAGCGUUCCCUCCCCAGACAGCCUUUCCCCAACAGACCGCUUUCUCCCAGCAGCCUAAUGGAAAUAUACAAGGAGCCGGAUUUGCUGUAUUUGGCCAGGCAAAGCCUGUGGUUACCCCGUUUGGUCAGGUUGCAGCUCCUGGAGUCUCUAGCAAUCCUUUCAUGGCCGGUCCUCCCUCUGGGCAGUUUCCAGCCGGAAGUUCAUCAACCAACCCAUUCUUAUAGCCUUAGACUAACACGGGAUCUUACUGGGCGUCCGCGUACAUGUACUGCCUCUUGCACUGUUUGUCUUGUUUAACCAGCGUAAGCUUUAAACACAGGGAGUUCUUUGAGAGCCUGCAAUUAUAUAUAUAUUUUUUUUGUAUUUAAACAAAAAAGGAAGAAAAACAAGGAAAUAUGUGCAAUUGGGGAGCCCUUUUUUCGUUAACUCCUUUGCUGCCCAGAUACUUGACAGUGUGUUUCAGACCUGUACGCUGGAGGCCCUCUGGACAGCCAAGGUGUUAACCAGAGGCGUAUCAUGUAUAUUAAAUUUGGUAAGUUAUUGCAGAUUCCAUAUUCAUCAAACUGCAGUACUGUAUAUAAUUUUUUUUUCUUAGGGACUAGGCAAUUAUUCAUAUCAGUAUUUCUAACUCUUAACACCAAUAUGCUGUGUUGGAACAAAACAAAAAUUGUUUAAGAAUCAGCCAUGUAAAAGGUCAUAAUUUUAGCAAUCUGACUUCAUUGGGAGCAGGAUUCCAAAACUUCAAAAUAUCUAUUACAAGUUUUAUUCGUUGAACAACAAAAGCUUUUAUUUUUUCCCCAAUAAAGCUACCCAUUUCUACGCGC